CCUUUUUUCUUCAUUGUCAGUCUAUUUGUCCUCCAUUUCCUCUCUGUCUUCAGUUCUCUCUCUUCCUCUCCCAAUCGAAACCAAGAAAAAUGUCUAAACUUUUACGCUUCCGUACUGCUCAUUCCACUCCUAAAAUCCAUCCCAGAACUGUCAAUUCAAUUCUCUCGAAACCUCUUUCAAUCCCCUCUCUUUCCAAAUGCUACUACUCUCCUAUUUCUCUCUUUCCUUCCAUUUCUUUUUCAACUCUCCAGUCCCACCUCCAUAGACAAAGCUUUUCAUUCUCUUAUUCUUUUUCCACUCGAGCUUUCGAUGAUUCCUCAUCUUCCACCGAGACCCAGAAAGAAAAAGAUGAAAAACUUGGGAGUCAAAGUGUUGAAAAGUUAGGAACUGAAGUGUAUCCUAGUGGAGAAGUGGAGUAUGAGAAGGUGAGUGGAUGGAAGAGUUUUGUUGUUAAGUUUAAGAUGCUUAUUGCCUUCCCUUGGGAAAGGGUUCGAAAAGGCAGUGUUUUGACCAUGAAACUGCGCGGCCAGAUAUCUGAUCAGCUAAAGAGCCGUUUCUCUUUAGGACUAUCUCUGCCACAAAUUUGCGAAAAUUUCGUAAAAGCUGCAUAUGAUCCCCGUAUUUCUGGUAUCUAUCUCCAUAUUGAACCUCUGAACUGUGGCUGGGGAAAAGUUGAAGAAAUUCGGAGGCAUAUUUUGAACUUUAAGAAAUCAGGUAAAUUCAUCAUUGCAUAUAUCCCUGCCUGUGAGGAGAAAGAGUUUUACCUUGCCUGUACAUGUGAAGAGAUCUAUGCCCCUCCAAGUGCUUAUUUUUCUUUGUACGGUCUGACUGUUCAAGCAUCAUUCCUUGGAGGUGUUUUUGAGAAAAUAGGAAUUGAACCACAGGUGCAAAGGAUUGGUAAAUAUAAAAGUGCUGGGGAUCAACUUACACGGAAGACUAUGUCAGAAGAAAAUUGUGAGAUGCUUACUUCAUUGCUUGAUAACAUAUAUGGGAAUUGGUUGGAUGUAGUUUCCUCUUCAAAAGGAAAGAAACGAGAAGAUGUUGAGAACUUCAUUAAUGAAGGGGUCUAUAAAGUAGAAAAGCUGAAAGAGGAGGGAUUCAUAACAAAUAUACAUUACGAUGAUGAGGUUAUCUCAAUGUUAAAAGAGAGGCUUGGAGUGCAAAAGGAUAAAAAACUUCAUAUGGUUGAUUACAGGAAAUACUCCAAAGUUAGAAAGUGGACUCUCGGAUUAGCAGGUGGUAGAGACCUAAUAGCUGUGAUCAGAGCCUCUGGGAGCAUUAGCCGUGUGCAGAGUCCUUUAAGUACGCCAAGUUCUGUUAUCAUUGCAGAGCAAGUCAUCGAGAAGAUUCGUAGUGUCAGAGAGUCAAAAAGAUACAAGGCUGCUAUCAUUCGAAUUGACAGCCCUGGAGGUGAUGCUCUUGCUUCAGAUUUAAUGUGGAGGGAAAUCAGGCUUUUGGCUGCAUCAAAGCCAGUCAUAGCAUCCAUGUCUGAUGUGGCAGCUAGUGGGGGAUAUUAUAUGGCUAUGGCAGCUCAGACUAUCGUUGCCGAAAAUUUGACUUUAACUGGUUCAAUUGGAGUUGUCACAGGGAAGUUUAACUUGGGGAAAUUAUAUGAAAAAAUUGGCUUCAAUAAGGAGGUCAUAUCAAGGGGAAGAUAUGCUGAACUUUUUGCAGCUGAGCAGCGGCCUUUAAGACCGGAUGAAGCCGAGCUUUUUGCAAAGUCUGCGCAGAAUGCUUAUGAGCAAUUUCGAGACAAGGCAGCUUUUUCGAGAUCAAUGCCUGUAGAAAAGAUGGAAGAGGUUGCACAAGGCAGAGUAUGGGCAGGUAAAGAUGCAGCUUCAUGGGGUUUGGUUGAUGCUAUUGGGGGACUUUCUCGGGCUAUUGCUAUUGCAAAACAUAAGGCAAAUAUACCCCGAGACAGGCAGGUUACACUUGUUGAGUUGUCGAGACCUUCUCCAACACUACCAGAACUCUUAAGUGACAUAGGAAACUCCAUAGUUGGAGUAGACAGAACACUAAAAGAACUGCUGCAAGAGUUGACGUUUUCCGAUGGUAUUCAGGCCCGGAUGGAUGGAAUCAUGUUCCAGAGAUUGGAGGGAUUUUCUAAUGCUACCCCACUCUUCAGUUUGAUAAAAGAUUACCUCAGUUCACUUUGAUCUUAAACAAAAUUUUUUUUCUUUUUUACCCUUUUUUGGUCCCUUUUUAUAGUAAUCUUCAAGACUCUGUUUUGAGUCUAUGAUUUAGAUGGAUUCCUUUAUGCAUCUGGUGAUAGACAUGAUAAUUUAGUUCUUCAUAGGAGGAGGUUGCUCUUUUGUUAACCAUUUUCACAUCCUUUAACAGCUAUGGAGAACUAUGUUUCAAUUUCACGUUAUAGAAAGAUCAAUCAUAAUGUUACCGUUUUAUGUUGGAAUUAUGACCUAUUUUUAUGUAAAGUAGGUAACAAUUGUCUCAAAUUUAUGAACCGGUAAU